AUGGCGAAGUUUAGAAGCAUCAACAGUAGUCAGAUCAUCCGGAGCGACGUGCCCCAUCAGUCAUCUUCAAGCAGCACCCCGGCCCCGACACCUCGCGUCGGCGGAGGUUUGGGAAAAGGAAAGAGUAAUCCUAUUCCGCGUCCCAGCGGCGGCAAAGGACUCGGCCACAAGACGCUGCGGCGACACCGCAAAAUCAUUCGCGACAACAUCUUGGGAGUCACCAAGGGCGACAUUCGCAGACUUGCCCGGCGCGGAGGAGUGAAGCGCAUCAGUGGGGGCAUCUACGGUGACAUUCGCACGGUGUUGCGCCAGAGAUUGGAAGUUCUGCUCAAGGACAUCACUGCCGUAGUUGAGGUCAGUGGCAGAAAGACGGUUUGUUGCUCAGACGUUGUAUUCGUAUUGAAUAGAUUGGGAACGCCGAUUUACGGAUUCGGUGACAACAGCCGGUGA